AUGCUCUCCGACCAGGAAGCUCUCCAGAUCGCCCUCGACGAGGCCAAGGCCGGCUUCGCCGAGGGUGGCGUCCCGCCCAGGCUGACCAUGGCACAGAUCGGCGCCGCCCUCGUCUCCGCCGAUGGCACGCUGAUGGGCAAGGGCCGCAACCAGCGCGUGCAGCUGGGCUCGCCCAUCCACCAUGGCGAGACGUCGACGCUCUACAACACCGGCCGGCUGUCGGCGAGCGCCUACAAGGGAAGCACAAUGUACACGACGCUAUCACCCUGCGACAUGUGCACCGGCGCUUGUAUCCUCUACGGCAUUAAGCGCGUCGUCAUCGGCGAGAACCGCACGUUCCUCGGCGGCGAGGCCUACCUGAAGCAGCGCGGCAUCGACGUCGUCGUGCUCGACAACAGCGAGUGCCGCGAGCUCAUGGAGGCAUUCAUCGCCAAGAGCCCCGAGCUGUGGAACGAGGACAUUGGCGUCGAGAAGCGGGUAUACUCCAAGGAGAGCAGCCAGCCGGCUUCAUAA